AUGGCGGGGGAUGCAGGUCUGGCGGAGAGCGAAGCCGCACGCCGCGGAGGACCAGGUGCGGCGCCAAGGACGCGGGAGAGGGCGCUGCUCCGCGUCCCCGAGGCCCCGAGGCCCCGGCGCGUCCCCGCCGCCGCCGCCCCGACCCUUGCACUCGGGCGCGCGCUCGCUUGCCUGCUUCCUGCCGCCGCCUCCCGGGCCAUGGCGACUUGUCUGCGGCUGCGGAGCUGCCCGGCCGCACGCCUCCCGCCGGCGCCCGCCGCCCGCGGCCUGCGGCCCCGCUGCUCGGCGCAGCCCCGCCGCUCUGCCGGGGGCCUGGCGGGCCUGUCCGCGGCGCUGCUUCGCACCGACCGCUUCGUGGACGGCCGCUGGCUCCCGGCCGCCGCCGCCUUCCCGGUGCACGACCCGGCCAGCGGCGCCGAGCUGGGCUUGGUGGCCGACUGCGGGGUGCCCGAGACCCGCGCCGCGGUGCGCGCCGCCUACGAGGCCUUCUGCAGCUGGAGGGACGUCUCGGCCAAGGAGAGGAGUUCAUUACUUCGGAAAUGGUACGACUUAAUGAUACAAAAUAAGGAUGACCUUGCCAAGAUUAUUACAGCUGAAAGUGGGAAGCCACUGAAGGAGGCACAGGGGGAGGUGGUCUAUGCCGCCCUUUUCCUGGAGUGGUUCUCAGAGGAAGCCCGCCGCAUCUAUGGAGACGUCAUCCGCCCCCCCGCAAGAGACAGGCGGGCCCUGGUCCUCAAGCAGCCCGUUGGGGUGGCGGCAGUCAUCACCCCGUGGAAUUUCCCCAGUGCCAUGAUCACCCGGAAGGUGGGGGCCGCCCUGGCAGCCGGCUGCACCGUGGUGGUGAAACCCGCUGAACACACACCCUUCUCUGCCCUGGCCCUGGCCGAGCUUGCAAACCAGGCUGGAAUUCCCCCAGGUGUGUACAAUGUUAUUCCCUGCUCUAGAAAGAAGGCGAAAGAAGUAGGGGAAGCGCUUUGUACUGAUCCUCUUGUGUCCAAAAUUUCCUUUACUGGCUCGACAGCGACCGGAAAGAUACUGCUGCACCACGCGGCAGGCUCCGUGAAAAGGGUCUCCAUGGAGCUGGGCGGCCACGCCCCAUUCAUCGUAUUUGACAGUGCCAACGUGGACCAGGCUGUAGCAGGGGCCAUGGCAUCCAAAUUUAGGAACUCUGGACAGACUUGUGUUUGCUCAAACCGUUUCUUGGUGCAAAGGGGUAUCCAUGAUUCCUUUGUGAAGAAAUUUGCUGAGGCAAUUAAAACAAACCUGCGUGUGGGUAAUGGAUUUGAGGAAAGAACUACUCAAGGCCCAUUAAUUGAUGAAAAGGCAGUAGAAAAGGUAGAGAAACACGUGAGUGACGCGGUUUCCAAAGGGGCCACCAUUGUGACCGGCGGGAAGCGACACCAACUUGGAAAAAAUUUCUUCGAGCCUACCCUGCUCAGCAAUGUCACCAGGGACAUGCUCUGCUCUCACGAAGAGACGUUUGGGCCUCUGGCGCCAGUGAUCAAGUUCGACACAGAGGAAGAGGCUGUGGCCAUCGCUAACGCGGCCGAGGUGGGGCUGGCAGGUUAUUUCUACUCUCAAGACCCGGCCCAGAUCUGGAGAGUGGCAGAGCGGCUGGAAGUCGGUAUGGUCGGCGUCAACGAGGGACUGAUAUCCUCUGUGGAGUGCCCUUUCGGUGGCGUGAAGCAGUCUGGCCUCGGGCGAGAGGGGUCCAAGUAUGGCAUUGAUGAGUAUCUGGAACUCAAAUACGUGUGUUUCGGAGGCUUGUAGGAUUCGUUAGUUCUUUAAAAAAAUAAAAAGGGAAGCUUACUUACACAUAUGGGGACCUGCCAUCCAUUAUUUUAAGUGAACGAAUAGGUUAUUGGAAUUAGGAAUUUUUAAGAACUCACCGAGUGCUCACCAUCUCAAGCAGAGGUUGGGAACCCCCCCUCCCCUUACCUGACCAGGGACCAGCAGAUGCCGCGUGCCUGUGGCAGCCACAGUCUCCCCAGGAACCUGCACGGCCCCGGGGUUGGGGGGACAUCCCAAAGGCUCCAUCACUGUCUGGGCACCUGGGCGGCGGCACAGCCAUUCCCCCCCGUGGCUCCGAGCCCCAACCAGAGGUCUGCAGGGAAGAACCCUGAGCACGACGAGCGGGCACACCAUCCCCGGCCCUCCGCCGGCUCAGCACUGCAGAGCCUGCCAGGUGUUUGGAGGUGUUGCCGCACAGGCUGAAUCGAUCAGUUUUCAAGAUCUCCGAAACAGUCCCAAAUUGCCUGUGUUUCUGUGAGGAAUGAAGGAGCACCUUUCCCUUUUCCUGGACCUUUACUUUUUUUUUAGUUUAUUUUUUUAGUCAUCUCUACACCCAACAUGGGGCUCGAACUCAUGACCCCGAGAUCAAGAGUCACGCACUCCACCGACUGAACCAGUCCAGUUCCCCUGGACCAUUUUUUAAGUUGAAGGCUUCACCGUCCUAAAUUUAUUACUUAAAGGUGAUGUUUUCAUUUUCGUCCUGCAUUCCACUUCAUUGUGUUUCCUUUAGGAAAUGAGCCUAAGCAUAAAGCAAAGCCCCUCCCCUUGUUGGCUGUGGACGGCAGCUCCGUGCCCCUGUAGUAGCCUUGUUCAGUGGACCUGCCGUUCAGCACCCGUUCCUCCCGCAGACUGGAGAUUCCGUAUAUGCCUCACUUAGCUCAAUGGGCUCUUGUGAGCCUGACAGAAAGCGAAAUACUUGCCAAAACAGAAAAAAAGAAAAGGAAGAAAAUCUGGUAUAAGUACAGGAGCUAUUAAUACUAGUAGCAACAAAGCCCCCCUUGGGCAUCCAGCUGGUGAGGAAGGCGGGUGCCCACCUGCUCUCCCCCCCUGGGACGAAGCGGUUGUCACCUGCAGCCUGCUCUUCCUGCCCUCAUGGGGUGCUGCACUCCUUCGCCUCCAGAAGAACAAACACAGUCUCUUGAGAGGAAAACCAAUUCCCAUAAUGGCCAAUUCACCUAAUGGAAGAGGCAGGAGACCUUGAAUGUCAAGCACCCUUUAUCCAAUAAGAGUUUUUACGGUUCGUUAUUUAAAGCAAAAAAUGACCGGUGUCUCCUAUCUCUCUGAAAGAGGAACUCUGAUUCAGAAAAUCUAGGCUUUUCUGGACAUGUCUCCCAUCUGUACUCAGACACUGAGGAAAAGGAAUCAAGGCUGUUCCUGACUGAGUAAGCGGAGAUAAAGCUCUUUCCUUUUCCACUCUCUCUGUGUGUGGAAUCCACUGACAUUCCGGGGAUAUUCUGGGUAGUGGAAGGAGAGCCUGAGGGCAGUUCCUGCCACCCCCUGGGACUUAGCAUUCUUCCCUACGCCCCUGGGGAGCCAAGGUUAAGUCACUAGCAGUCUGGAAUGCCCGUGGGCACAGAGGAACUCACCUCCGAUCCUGGAGCUACCUUCUGUUAGCCUGGAUCGAACCAGCUGUAUCCCGAUACCCACAGAAGAAAUGAGCUGACAUCCACCUCCUGGUGACAUAUCUCACCUACACCCUGUUAGGAAUCACAUAUGCAGCAUAUUGUCAGUUUAUUUCUUUUUGUUUUUAUAGUUUUCGGUGGUUUUCUACAUUCUAAUUACUGAAGAUUUGGAUGUGUCCAUCUGGUUUCUCUUAAUAAACAUGCUAUAACAUCAUUUGUUAGAAGUGUGGAACACUGAAGCUGGGAGGCGUUAGGAGAAUACAUUCGCGUAUGUGGGUAACUUUGUAAGCCAGUGGAUUCCUUGGCUGGGUGGCAGAUUUGAGUUUUCUUGUCUGUUUGGCUCACCCGGUACAUAAAUUCAGAUCCAGAGACUCACUGCAAUAUCUUCGAUUAAUUUUGUAUUUAAAAUGAUUUGAGACGGAAAUAGGUUACUGUUUAGUAAAACUGUUGUGGGUUGUGGGAAGAAAGAAAAGUGUCUCUAACUGAACAUUUCAGGGGGUUAUUUCUCAAUAAGGUAAUCCUAUGUGAUUGGGUUGCCAGGGGUUGGCAAACUACAGCCCACAAGCCAAAUCUGGCCUGCAGCCUGUUUCUGUGCAGCCCAGAGCAUUAAGAAUGGUUUUGUAUUUCCAAAUGAUUGGAAGGGGGGUCAAAAGGGUAUUUCAUAACACAAAAUUACAGGAAAUUCAGAUUUCAGAUUCCAUCAGUGAAAGUUCAUUGAAACACAGCCAUGCCCAUUCAUUUAACAUUGGAUCCACGGCUACUUUCUAGGUAGAGCUGAGUACUGGCAACAUGGACUCAGUAUGGCCUGCAAAGCCUACAGUAUUGGCUCUGACUGAAAAAGUUUGCCAACCCCUGAUCUAGAGCUACUGAUGCUGAGGGAGAUACUGAUCUUCCUGCAUUUAUCAGGCAUUUUAUUUCACUGAACACCCUGUGUAAAAAGUACUUUUCUGGGCAUUGCUCCAACGAGUUCUCACCAAGAUCUUGCUGCAGCAAUGAUCGUAGGACUCAGAUGAAAUUACCCGGAUAACAAGACUGUGUUGGCCUAGAGAAAACUUCUCAAUUUACUUUUCCCAGCUAGGCAGGGUUUUGCAUUGAAAUAGCUUAUCUGAAUCUGUUGUAUUUAUCCCUUUGAGUGGCUUUCAAACAUGAUUUUAUGUCAAGUGUUGUAUUCUUUUCUCCUUUAUUCUUAUGGAAAGACUUCAUGAAAAUAAACAUCAGAAGCACAAUGCAAAUAAAUCUGAUUUUACUGUUAUACUGUUAACUUUAGAUUGUGCCACAGGCCUGCCUUCUCAGAAGGCUGGAACCCAGCGUUUUAAUUAUUCAUGUGCAGCUAUGUUAGAUAGCAUUUUACUUGAGUAAUAUUUAUGCUGUGAUUUUUGUGUGUGUGCUGUGUUUUGUAGGAUAAAACUUGGGAAUAAGUAGUGGGAAGUGUGGAAACAUUUUGUUUUUUAAAUGUGCACAGAACUCAUUUUUCCAGUUUUUGAUAACUGUUGUACGUGUAUCAGUGCUCGUCAGCAGAGCUGUGUGUAAUUAAUAAAUGUUGCGUUAACAGAA